AUGGAUACUCAAGUUGGUUUCGACAAGGAAAGAAAUAUACCAGAAAAGGAUAAUAUUAAUAAAAUCACAUGUGCUUAUCUUUCACUAGAAAACUGUCAUCAUCUGGAGAGAAACUUCACUGUCCGGUUUCGCUGUUUACUUGACAAUACGUCGGGAUUUCUGAGACUGGACAUAAGAGGUCGGGUCAAAGUCCUUCAUGGUCAGAACCAAAAGGUAGAAAACCCUCCAUUAGCUUUAUUUGCAGUAUGUACGCCGUUUGGUCCACCGUCGCUUUUGGACAUGCCACACAAGGACUCUAUGUUUAAAAGCAAGCAUAAACUUGACCUGUCUCUAGUCUCCAUGGACCAAAGAGGGAAGCAGCUACUGGGCUAUACUGACGCCGAUCUCGCUAACAAAGGAGGGUACGAUCUAGUCCAUUUUGAUGACUUAGCCUAUUUAGCAAACGCCCAUCAAGAACUGUUGAAGACUGGUGCUUCUGGGUUAAUAGCCUAUCGUCUUCUGACUAAGGAUUUCAAAUGGCAGUGGUUGCAGAGUAGUGCUCGCCUAGUGUACAAAAACAGUAAACCUGAUUUUAUUCUGUGCACCCACAGACCUCUUCUGGAAGAAGAAGGAAGAGAUCUCUUCGGUAAAAGGACUAUGGACUUUAAGGUUACCUAUUUGGAUGGUGGUCUAGGUCCUGUUACUGACCGUAAUGGGCUGUUGGCGGAAGGUGACGCAGUUCUCAGUUGCCAAAAGAACCGUAAGUACAAAUCUCAAAAGAAAGAGUUACCGACGUGCAGGAAGAAAAAACUUCUGACCAAUUCCUACUUGGAAGACCCAGGUUACCCCAACAUGUAUUCAUACCCUACAGAAAAUAUGAACGGGUUGUCUCCUUAUGGUUCCAGCACGCCAUCAAUGUCACAGACUUUUUUUACAGCAAUUGAUAAUUCGCGUUUCUUAACACCCGAGAACUUUCUUCAAUACCGCCAUUACUAUUCUGAUUACACACCUCAUGCAGCACAAUAUACACCAGGUAAUGGGUUUCUCGAUGUGACGUCAGCCGCACGAGGCUGUUUCCCUCAAACGUACCCAGACAACAACCACUUCAGUAAAGACAGUAAAUUCUACCCCUGCCAAUUAAAUACAACGAAAUUCAAUGGUGAUCCAACAUCUUUCAUGCAGCAGGUUGGCAGCAAACCAUCUUGUUGUGAUGGUUACCCAUCUGCUGACCAGAGUAGCCAGAUAAGAGGCUGUCUUAUGAGUGCAUCAGGACAAGAUAUUCGCCCUCUUCUCCCGACGCUCGACAGGGACCACAAACUGAACUUUGGAAUUUCGCCGCUUCCAGGGUCCAUGACCCCAGACUGUGUUCUCAAAUCUAGAGUGACCGGUGUUUCUAAUCACAUUCGAGAACCUUCACAGUUCCUAAAGGAGGAAAAAGUAUAUACAGACUCUUCCCAACCGUCCAUAGUUUCUGCCUUUUCUUAUGAUACGCGACAGAGUGUCCUCAAAUGGGGAACUGCCUUGCCAAGACCAUGUGGCAGUACCACUCCCGCCAUCUUUGAUGCAAAGUUUCCGAGGUAUACAGCAACGCCGGAAAAUCAUCCCAAGCCACCAAACGAUCACCUUUAUAACGGAUCGGCUGUCUACAAGGGGACAGGAGGUUUCCCCAAGAUAUCCUCACCUCACACCAGCGUUAGUCCAACGGUAGCGAAGGUUGCAGGUUUGGUGCCACACAGUGGAACACCAAUGUAUACAGCUGAAGUAGGACAGGAGCUUCCCUUGGUUAGACUAGAGAAUGGAGGGUUAACUUAUGGAAAACACGAGGUUAACCCAUUGUUGGCUAUUACUGAGGUCACCAGGGCUCUCCUAAACCACGAGUAGGUCUGAAUGAAAAAGGACACAACUGGUCAAUAAAGAGAUGUUGCCCGAAGCUACCAUGACAACAAAUAAAACCAACCAUUCAAGUUUCACAGAAUGUUCAUCCAUCCGUUAUGCUUUAUUCUGUUUUAAACAACAACAACAACAAAAAAAAAGCCAAGAGAAUUCAAAAAAGGAAAUGUAAGGAGAACUAAAACGUCAAUGAAUUUAUGUACGAGUUGUACGAAGUUGUCAAUGCAUUACUAACUGUAAAACACGUUUACUAGCAGAGGCUCAAUUCGUGUUAA